UCCCGGCGCCGCGCUGCCGGCUUAACCCUUUGGGCACCCAGCUGUCACGGAGCAGCGGGGCGCGGCGGCAGGGCCCGGCCGCGCGAGGCGGGGCAUUGCCGUGGGCAUCGGCGGCAGGCGGCGGACGGCCUGACCCGGGAUCUGCAGCGCGGGGCCCGCGCGGGGACUGAGCAGCCCGGGCGGCGACCUGCUGACCGCGGCACGCCGGGGCCCGGGACCCAGCCGAGAAGWGGGCUGCGGCGAACUCUGCGGCCCGGGUUUGCGGGAAGCUGCGGGGAACCGGCUGAAGUCCUGGCACUCGCGCGCUUUAGGGAGCGGGGAUCCGGUCCGGCGCAGAGGCCCGCCUCAGCAGCCAGUGGCCUUCGCGGCCUGCGUCUCCGCCACUGUCCCGCAGAGUGCGGGGGAAACCGGGGGUCGGGCCUGACCACGGCGCCCCCUCCUCAGCCGCGGCCUGACAGUCCAGCCGCCGGCACUUUUGACCCAGAGUCAAGCCUGGGGUCGGGCACGGGGAGGGGGGAAUCCUGCGGGAAGAAGGCGAGAUUGGUGCGUGGGGUCACCAGCCAAGGGAACCCCGUUGUUGGUACUGGGAGGAGAGGACAGUCCCCUUAAGGAAACACAGGCCCCAAAGUAUGAAAAGGAAAUUUACCCAAGAAAGGCACUGGCCCCUUGUUUUCUGUGCUGGGUGAUGACCUGACACCCAUGGAAAAAGGUCACUGCGGGACACCUGGAUCGGGUCUGUCAUGUACAGAGGAAGCAGCUGUUUUACAUCCUUGCUGACUGCACUGAAAAUAAGUGAGGCUAAUUAUAAUAAUCCAUCCUUGGGCCAACUUCUGUGGAGCAAUAGAUCAACCUCAACUAUUAACCUUUCGUUGUCUGCCUGCUCUUCUGCUGUCUGUGUGCCCUGACUGUGCCACUCUGUAGGCCAUGGAGAAUGAGCUGCCAGUCCCGCACACAUCUAGCAGUGCCAGUGUCACCAAUAGUACCAGCGGGGCCAGUAGCAGCAGUGGCUGCAACAAUAGCAGCAGUGGUGGCAGUGGACGCCCCCCGGGACCCCAGAUUUCUGUAUACAGUGGCAUUCCUGACCGACAGACAGUGCAGGUGAUCCAGCAGGCCCUGCACAGGCAGCCCAGCACUGCGGCUCAGUACCUGCAACAGAUGUACGCCGCCCAGCAGCAGCACCUCAUGCUGCAGACAGCCGCCCUGCAGCAGCAGCACCUCAGCAGCGCCCAGCUCCAGAGCCUGGCGGCAGUACAGCAGGCGAGCCUAGUGGCCAGCAGACAAGGGAGCACUUCUGGCAGCAGUGCGUCUGCACAGGCCCCGGCCCAGUCACCUUCGAUCAAUCUGGCAGCCUCCCCAGCAGCAGCCCAGCUCAUCAACCGGGCUCAGAGUGUCAACUCGGCCACAGCCUCAGGCCUUGCCCAGCAGGCCGUGCUCCUGGGCAACACAUCUUCUCCAGCCCUCACCRCCAGCCAAGCACAGAUGUAUCUCAGGGCACAGAUGGCCCAGCCAGGUAACCUGGUGCAGGUAGCUAGGAGCCUAGGCGGCACUGUUCCUUUGUCCCCUCAGCUCAUCUUCACGCCCACGGCCACCGUCGCUACUGUGCAGCCUGAGCUCGGCACUGGCUCCCCCGCCCGGCCCCCCACCCCCGCCCAGGUACAGAACCUGACCCUCCGAACACAGCAGACAUCAGCUGCAGCAGCCUCGGGCCCUAACCCCACUCAGCCUGUCCUGCCCAGCUUGGCCCUGAAACCCACACCUGGCAGUAGCCAGCCUCUGCCUACCCCAUCACAGGGCAGGAACACUGCUCAGGGUUCCCCUGCAGGUGCCAAGCCUGGCGUAACUGACAGUGUGGUGGAGCCACUCAAGAAAGGAGAUGGCAAUGGCAGCCUGCCAGGGAGCGUGGAGGGCCGGGCUGGGCUCAGCCGAACUGUUCCUGCUGUGGCUGCCCACCCCCUCAUUGCACCAGCUUAUGCGCAACUACAGCCACAUCAGUUCCUCUCGCAGCCGUCAUCAAAGCACCUGCAGCCCCAGUUUGUGAUCCAACAGCAGCCGCAGCCGCAGCAGACCCAGCCGCCACGACCUGCACCCCAAGCCCAGUCCCAACCCCAGCUCACCUCAGUCCCUCCAAGCCUGGCCCUGCAGCCUGGCUCAGAAGCCCACACCAUGCCCCUGGGUCCAGUUACACCCACCCUGCCACUCCAGUGUCCCACGGCCAAUCUGCACAAGCCCAGCAUCAGUCAGCAGUGUCACCCUCCCACGCCAGACCCUGGGCCUCAGAAUGGACAUCCCGAGGGCAUGUCCCACACCCCUCAUCGCAGGUUCCAACACACCUCAGCUGUCAUCUUACAACUACAGCCUGCUUCACCAGUGCCCCAGCAGUGCUCCCCUGAUGACUGGAAGGAAGUGGGACCUGGGGAGAAGAGUGUGCCUGAGACUCGGUCAGGUCCAUCACCACACCAGCAAGCCAUUGUCACUGCCAUGCCUAGUGGCCUGCCUGUAGCCAAGAGCCCUAACAUCCAGCAGUCUCCUGCUCACGAGACAGGGCAGGGCAUUGUUCAUGCGCUGACCGACCUCAGCAGCCCCGGCAUGACCUCAGGGAACGGAAACUCUGCCUCCAGCAUCGCCGGCACUGCCCCCCAGAAUGGUGAGAAUAAACCACCACAGGCCAUUGUGAAACCCCAAAUCCUGACGCAUGUUAUCGAAGGGUUUGUGAUCCAGGAGGGGGCGGAGCCUUUCCCGGUGGGACGCUCGUCCCUGCUGGUGGGGAAUCUCAAGAAGAAGUAUGCACAGGGGUUCUUGCCUGAGAAGCUUCCACAGCAGGACCAUACCACCACCACUGACUCUGAGAUGGAGGAGCCCUACCUGCAAGAAUCCAAAGAGGAGGGUACUCCCCUCAAACUCAAGUGUGAGCUCUGUGGCCGGGUGGACUUUGCCUACAAGUUCAAGCGAUCCAAGCGUUUUUGUUCCAUGGCUUGUGCAAAGAGGUAUAAUGUGGGAUGCACCAAGCGAGUGGGACUUUUCCACUCAGACCGGAGCAAGCUGCAGAAGACAGGGUCCACCACCCACAACCGCCGUCGGGCCAGCAAGGCCAGUCUGCCAACACUUACCAAGGAUACCAAGAAGCAGCCAACAGGCACUGUACCCCUUUCAGUUACUGCUGCACUGCAGCUGACACACAGCCAGGAAGACUCCAGCCGCUGCUCAGAUAACUCCAGCUAUGAGGAACCCUUGUCACCCAUCUCGGCCAGCUCAUCCACCUCCCGCCGGAGACAAGGCCAGCGAGACCUGGAGCUCCCAGACAUGCACAUGCGGGACCUGGUGGGCAUGGGACACCACUUCCUUCCAAGUGAGCCCACCAAAUGGAAUGUAGAAGAUGUCUACGAAUUCAUCCGCUCUCUGCCAGGCUGCCAGGAGAUAGCAGAGGAAUUCCGAGCCCAGGAAAUCGAUGGGCAAGCUCUGCUGCUGCUCAAGGAGGACCAUCUGAUGAGCGCCAUGAACAUCAAGCUGGGCCCCGCCCUCAAAAUCUACGCCCGCAUCAGCAUGCUCAAGGACUCCUAGGGCUGGCUGGGCAGCCAGGAUCCUGGCCCAGGGGUCCUCCUCCCAACUGAGCAGAGCCAGACAGACAUUCCUUGAGGGCCCCAGAAACGGGGCUAGUUGGAGGAAAGGGGCCUCCCUAGGGGCAUGGCUGGUGAGGAGGUCUGGGCCCUCCUCAAUGGCUCUCAGGGGCCUUUCAUUUCUGUGGGAGGGGCAGAGAGGGAGGUGGCACAGAAGAUGGGGCUUUAUGCUUGUAUAUAUUGAUAGCACUGGCUUCUUCCAAAGUCCCAGUACUCUAGCCCCGCUCUCUUCCCCUCUCUCUGUCCCCCGUUUUCCAGGGGGUUUAUGGUCAGGGCUUCCCAACCUAAGUUGGGUUCCUUCCAAGGGCAGCCAGCAGGCCUGAGCGAGGCCUGGAGCACCCUUGCCUUCCUUCCUCCACUUCCUUCUCCAGGCCUGUUGAACCUUCCGUUGCCAGCUUCUCCCCUUCAGCCUGUUUCGGCAGCAGCCAGGGGCUUCCCUACACCAGGUGCAGGUGGAGAGAGAAGCUGGGCCCAGGUUGGCCGUGCCUGCUGGCAUAGACGCCUUAAUGCUGUGUGUGUGACUGUGUGACUGUGGGAGCCUGGACUGACAGACAGUCCACAGCUGCCCUCUGGCAUCUCCAGGUGUUUUGUAGCAAAUGGCCACUUAGUGCUUUGUCCUGGACUCCACUCCGCCUGAGGAUGGGGAAUAGAAAAGAAGGGCAGCCUCUAGGGAGAGGCAAGUCCCCCUCCAGAGGAGUCAAGAGGUCUCUAAGCCCCUCCCCACACUGUGACUGUCCCCUGACUGCCCUGCUGCCUCACAAACAGCAUUAAGGAAACUGCCGGUGGGCUGGGCACAUCAGCUGAGCCUCUGGGUCGGUCGGUCUGCCUGCCUGCCCGCCCGCCCUGGGAGCCCAAGUGGUGGGGGCCCAGAGAAUUAAGCAGGGAGAGAGCAGCCAGUCACUGUUGGUGUGAAGAAGGCAGCCUUUGACCUCCCACUCCCACACUUUUUAGCUUAUAAAACUUCCUAGCAGCAGUUACAGCUACCUGAGGAGGAGGCAGGGCAGGAAGGGUGAGGACCUGCCUCUGACUUGCCCUGUCCUUGCAGGCUCCUGGGGGAAGAGUUGGACUCUUCACAGGAAGGGGUGGGCACCUUUCUCUGCUUGUUCUAUUCCCCACCCACACCCCCAGGCAAGGUUGGAAAUGAAGGACUUUUUUUAACCUUUUUGUUUUUUUAAAAAUAAAUUUGCAAAAUCUG